AUGUCUUCACACAAGACCUUCCGGAUUAAGAGGUUCCUGGCCAAGAAACAAAAGCAGAAUCGGCCUGUUCCCCAGUGGAUCUGGAUGAAAACUGGAAAUAAAAUCAGGUACAACGCCAAGAGAAGACACUGGAGAAGAACCAAGCUGGGCCUGUGA